UCUUUUUUCUCAUCUUUGUCCUCCCUCCCAUUGUUCCCAUCAUUUUCUUCCUUGGGCAGAUGAUCCGCUAGUCUCUUUUUCUCUUUCUGUCUCCCUCUAUUUCUCUCUCCCUCAUUUUCUUUCUCCUUUAUAUGCAUCGAUGAUCCGCGAAUUAAAAAGGGAGCUCGCAACCGUUGACUAGAAAUUAUUCGUGGAGACGCAACGACGAGUGAUCCUCGCGCCUCGAUUGUGACUUCCUGUGAUCAAUACUGGCUAUUGAUGAACACUUCGUUUUCGUCGAAGACGAAAAAGAUGAAAUUUGUGAUCAUUGACGAAGAGUGACUUGACGAAGUAUUACGAUCAUCGCAAAUUCUCGUCAGUUUUCGAAUUGUGCUUCGACAAAUCGACAAAUAUUUCAAUUGAUUGAUUUUUCGAUAUCUCGACCGGCGAUCUGUCAAAGUGAUCACCGCGUUGAGAAAAACAUAGAGGGAAAUACAAAUCGGUGGCGAUAUUCAGCGGCUUCCAAUAAUUGGCUAUGAGAUUCGGCGUAGAUCCAAGAUAUCAGAGAUUCGGACGGGGUCAAAACUCAUAAGUCACACCCGACAACAGGAUAGAGAAACUUGUCCGGUGUCUCUUUCGCUGCUCUUCCCACUCUCUUUUUCAGAGAGCUUGUUGUCAGUUACAUAAAGAGGGAUUUUACUGGUCAGUUAAUGAACCCGGCUGUGCGCUCACGCAAGGAACGUCCAACGACGCCGACGACGACGACGGCGUCGACGACGACGACGAGGACGAUGGCUGAGUCGGCAUUACGUAAAAACCAAGAAUGAAGGAUCAACGACGAGAUCGCGACGAGUGAAAGUGAAGCCGAGGCAACGCGCGUCCCACCUGGACCAGGCGUGAAAGUCCAGUGCGUAAUACGAACGCAAGAGACACGUGGUGUGGUGGUACCUGUCGAAAUCGCGCUAUCAACACGACGACGAGGCGAUAUUGAUAAUAACGAUGAUAAUGACGACGCAGGUACGCACUUACAGCGACGACAAUGCUCGGCGGAGUGACGCUAGAUGAUAAUGAUUAUGAUGAUGAUGAUAAUGAUAAUGAUGAUCCUCUGCAGACGCAAUCCUGAAUUAAUGCGCUUUUAAUCAUCAAUCAGAGCGUAAAGCGAUUCAUUAGCCGUCUAGCUCUGGAUGAUCCACUUUUAUUCGAUUGAGAUUAAUGAUUUAUCAUCAAUCAAAGACCGACUGUCGAAGAUCAUUAAGAAUCGCUUCUGGAAAAAGAUAUGAUUAAUAAACAUUAAAUAUAUUAUUUUUGAAAAACAUUAUUAAUAAAUUGCAGACAGCCAGUGAAAAUUAAGUUAAAUAUAAGUGACGUGAUUAAUUCGAACUUGAUGUAGAACUAUCCUAUCAGUGUUUUUUUGAAUAAGAUCGAGUCUUUUACUGAUCAACGAGCUCAAGAGAAUUAUUUUUCUGCACGAUUCGUGAAUCAAUCAAAAAUCAAAGAUGAAGUUUAUCACAUCCUUGUUCGGGACGGGAUCCCCGAAGGUGAUGGGCAGGCAGUACAUGAAAGUCGGCAGGAACGCUCUUUUCGGUUUGAGGACUGACAACAGUGACAAUAUUUGUACUGAAAAAGUGCCGAGACCGUUAUCCUUCCUAAUAUCUAAAAAGGGAAAACUCAGGCAUGGUAGGAUAACAGCAAUUUGUUUAGGUCUUCUUGCACUUGUAAUUGGCAUAGUGCUUAGUAGCAUACCAUGGGUUGAUUACCUCAUUCUAAGACAACUGCGACUAUGGAACGGCUCGAUCUCCUUUCAAUAUUGGCAAAAGCCAGGCGUAGCUCGAUUAACCAAAGUCUACAUAUUUAAUGUAACCAACACGGAAAACUUUCUGCAGUUUAACGAGAAGCCAAAGCUCCAGGAAAUCGGCCCAUUCGUUUAUCGAGAGGAUAUGGAAAAAGUUAACAUUGUAUUUCAUAAUAACGGAACUGUCAGUUAUCAGCAUAAGAAAAUUCUGAACUUUGUACCUGAAAUGUCUAAAGAUGAAAACAUCAAAGUGAUAGUGCCGAAUAUACCUUUACUAACACUUUCCACGCAAAGCAAAAGCCUUCCAAAUUUCAUCACAAUAGGAUUAUCAAUUUUCUUGAGUGGGAUGCAUAUGAAACCCUUCAUUCCUAUAACAGUGCAGCAACUUGUUUUUGGAUAUGAUGAUCCACUAGUUACUCUCGGAUAUCGAUUUCUUCCCAAGGCAAGACGGCCCAUGAGCAAAAUGGGUCUUCUGCUUGGAAGAAACGGCACAUUAAGUGAAAUAUCCACAAUAUUCACCGGACAUACGGAUAUGAAAGAAUUCGGUCUAAUAAAUCGAUUGAACGGGCUUGAUCAUUUGCCAUAUUGGCCAACGGCACCCUGUAACUCCAUUACAGCAUCGGAAGGAUCCUUUUUUCCGCCGCGGGAUCGGACCGGCGCGAAUAUCGUUCACGUGUGGGAUAAGGAUUUCUGUAGAACAUUGCCGUUACAGUAUCGCGGACCGGUAGAAAAAACGAGUAUCAAGGCGGAUUUAUAUACCCCUCCGGAUGUAGUUUUCGGUCUACCGAAUAAGACAUUUAGGGAAAAUGAAUGCUUUUGUUCCGACGGCAUCGCCAAUUGUCCCCCGCAAGGCUUGCAAGACAUUAGUCCGUGCCAGUACAGUGCGCCAGUUUAUCUCUCGUUUCCACAUUUUUACAAAGCGGAUCCUAAAUUGUUAAAUGCCGUUGACGGACUCAAGCCGAUGGAAAACCUACAUCAAACAUAUUUCAAAAUUCAACCGAAACUCGGCGUGCCCAUCGAAGCAAAGGCUCGCGUUCAGUUGAAUCUAAAGGUAGAGCGACAACGUAAUAUUGCGGUGGUUAAAAAUUUCCCUGACAUAGUUUUCCCCAUUAUGUGGAUCGAGGAGGGUGUAGAAGAGCUCACGCCGUCCAUGAGACGAUUGAUCUAUCUUGCGACCACGUUCGCCGACAUCGCUGCACCCUGUGUCACAUACGGUAUGAUUCUAGUCGGAUUGACGGUCAUCAUUACAGUGUUUGUAAAGGCGUACAACAGUCCAGUGUUGACUCACGAAGCGAUCGAGCUCGGCAAGAGGACUAUCAGGAGAGGCUCGUCCUUCCUGAUAACCGGGCAAAAUCGUCUGUUGGCUGGUCGAGAUUCUUAUGUCCUGUUGAACAAUAUCGAUCUCGAGGAGAAGCAGAAUAUGAUAGAGAUCUGAUGGAAUAUGUUGCUCCGUGAAUUUUAAUGUUGACUGGAAAUGCUAAUAUUAUAUAAGUAAGUGUGCGCAUUAAUUAUAAUAGUGGUAAUAUGAGCGAUAAUUAAUGACGCUUAGUCUCGAUUCUUGAAGUAAUUUAAUUAUGACAUUAAUAAAAGAUUUAUUAAAGAAUGAUGAUAUAUGCUGAAACUAGAAUCGCGAUUUUAGAUAACAGAAUUUAAGAAUCUCAUAGCAAUUAAGAUAAUUAGAAUAAGAGGUUUAAAGAUUUAAGGCUCAUUGUAUGAUUUAGGAUUCAGAAAAUCUAAAUAAUUUAUGAGUCAAUUAACUGGGAUUUUUAUUAGCAUAUGAUUUAAGAUGUUUAGAGUUCGAAGAAUAUAAGAAUCAUGAAGAUUUUCAUGAAGAAUACAAGGAGAUUUUUUUCAUCGACUUUAAUUGUCAACAAAAUGUAUAUAUUAAAAGUUUUUAUACAAUUCUUUCAUGAAACUUGCCGAAAGGUAACGAAUCUUUUAAUUAAUCUAAUUAUGGGUGUAUUUGAUUUUUUUUAUUAUUUUACCAAAUAUAAUCAUAAACUGCAUGAAUAUCAGUGUGUAUCACUAGACUAUAAGUAAGAUUUAAGAAAUCUCGACAUUAAUUCUUAGAUUUAUUUAAGAGAUUCUCGGAGCCACAUACCAUCUAAUUGGAUUAAUCCAAGUAUUAAGAAUUCUAAAGGUUUUUUUUUUCAAGAAUUGAUUGUGCAUAAGAUUUACAGUGUAUGCAUGUUUCAUCAAAUAAAUGAUAAUUGAUUUAUUUCUCAUCGAAAAAAAGAAUCGAGCUAAAAAGUAAAUCUAAGCGUCAUUAAUUAAUAAUAUCGUUGUUAAAAAAAUAUUGGUUGAGUACCUGCGAUAUAAUAUGUGGUAAUGUAAAAUGCAUCUUCUUUGACUGCGUACACCAAAGUCUCUCGCUAUUGAUGAAUAACUAUUAAUUAACUACAGAAUUAACUACAGAAUAUGCGGAGCCAAAAUGUUAAAAUUUGUAUAUUUCACACGAAGAAAGGCUUCCUUUUA